CUGGUUAAGUUUGAUUAGUAAAUAACUUUUUUCCCUAAAUUUAAGAGUCUUUAUCAAAAAUUUGAAUUGAAAGUUUUAAGCAUAAAUCUAUCUCACCCCCCGGGAAAGAGUUGCUUGGACGCGAUUCUUCGAAGGCGUUUCGAAUAUGGAGGUUUUUUCGAGCGUAAAAAAACAUUGGUUUUUAAUCGGGAUUGUUUUGGCCAUUUUGGCGGCAAAAGCAAACCCAUCAUUUGGAGCGAAAGGUGGAUUACUGAAGCCCGAAUAUACGGUGAAGUAUUUAGCCGUUUCAUUUAUAUUUUUUAACAGCGGCCUUUCCCUGAGAACAGAAGAAUUGACAAGAGCAGUGACACGUGUCAAACUCCAUGCAUGUGUCCAAGGAUUUACCUUAAUAUUUGUCCCGGUUUUAAUUAACAUACUGACAUUGGUUUUAAAGUAUACGACGCUUGACAAUUGGUUGGUUCAAGGGUUACGAGUUGUCGGAUGCAUGCCGCCACCUGUAUCGUCUGCAGUUAUCCUUACCAAAGCUGUCGGCGGGAAUGAAGCUGCAGCAAUAUUCAACUCGGCAUUUGGAAGCUUUCUUGGUAUUGUGGUCACCCCUGUACUAUUAUACCUAAUAAUCGGAUCAUCGUCAACUGUACCAUUUGUUAGCGUGUUCACCCAAUUAUCAAUAACUGUCGUAGUCCCUCUCCUAAUUGGCCAAUGGCUACGGACUUGUGUUAAAGACUGGUUAGAACAGACCAAGCCGCCAUUUGGAACUCUAAGCAGCUGUACGUUACUACUUAUAAUAUAUACAACAUUUUGCGACACCUUUAAUCAAGCCUCGUUAGGAAUAAACGGCUCAAGUUUAAUGGUUAUGGCUAUAAUUAUUCUACUUCUACAGUUCGUUUUACUUUACUUAGCAUUCAACCUGUCACGGACACCGAUGUUGGAUUUCUCAGCCGCCGACAGUGUGGCGGUAAUGUUUUGUUCCACGCACAAGUCGUUAACCUUAGGUAUUCCAAUGUUGAAGAUAAUCUAUGCUGGUUACCCGUAUCUUUCGGUGAUUUCAAUACCUUUGCUCAUGUACCAUCCUACGCAAAUCCUAUUGGGCGGAUUGUUGGUUCCAGUUGUGAGGCGGUGGAUGGUUUCAACUCAAAUUGUCGAGAGGGAUCAUGUAUCGUCAAAUGGCAAUGGAAAAGAUAGCAAUGUACCACCCAUAUAAACAUUAUUCGAUGAACUGUGAUGGCCCACACACUAAAAAUUGCCAAAUAAGACCAAAAUAUACUUAAGAUUACAGACACCCUAUAUGGUACAAAAAGUCAACUUUUUUAGUUUUACAAAUUCAGAAAGUUUAAAAAUGACUCACUCAUAUAUGCAAAAUAGCACCGAUUUCUUUCAAAAUUUCACAAAAUAAUGUGACAUAGUUCAGCUGCAAAUUAAAGUGUUUCUGGGAAUUAUUCUAAAAUCAAAAUUAAGUAAAGAGUUACAGGCCUUUGCCUGCAGCUGGCAUUGUUUUGUAUAAAGACAUACCUGUACGUCUAGAAGAAGCCACACAUCUACAGUAGCUUGAUAACACCCGAAGCAAUCAAAAAUCCCAGGCACUCUUUUUUAGAUCAAUUGUCAAGGAGUGUAGAGAGGGUAUGUUGAAAGAAUUUCAAUGAAACCAGAACAUAAACUUGUGCAAGAUAGUAAUAGCUUGAUUUCAGAUAUUACAAAAUUUCAAAAACCAUUACUGUUGUUCGAACCAAUUGAAGUGUUCCUCAAAUAUUGAUUCAAUACAUUACCUCGGGCUGACCAAUUCAUUUCUGCUAAUCAUCAAAUUCCUCGAGAUAUUCAUACACUUGCUUGUGUAAUUGUAAACUUCCUGUUGAAUAGUUUGAAUGCACCAAUCACCUUUGUUAUUUGUGCAACUAACCAAUCAUAAAUAGAAAGGAAGUGACCAGAGAUGAUCAAAUUCUUCGAACUGGCUCUUUCACAGGAAGUGUAUGAAUAUCUCGAGGAACUUGAUAAAAUGGAUUGGUUAGCCUGAGGUAAUGUAUUGAAUCAAUAUUUGAGGAACACUUCAAUUGGAAUGACAGUAAAUGUCUUGUUUAUUUAACAAUACUACAAAAUUAGAGGCUGAUUGAGCUAAAGAAAAAAGUACCUGGGUUUCCUGUUUCCUGGCCAACCCUAGCUAUUGGCUACUGAAAUUGCCAACCCUAAUCUUUUUAAUUCUGAAGUUUGCAAAGACUUUGGAGCAAUUUCUCUUACCCAGAUUGUGGCAUUAGUUUUGUACUAUCUAUAUAAAGUAAAAACCUGUUUGUUAAUUGUUUCAAAGUUGAUAUAAUAUUUAACAAAUAUUUGUGUCAUCUGUGCUGCUAAUUGAUGUCACUUUCAUGCAUGAGCAUUUACAAAAAAUAAAUUUAGACAAAAAAGAACCCGCCCUACCCCACAUAAGUUUUUGCAAUGAGAAAUAGGAAACCCAGUCAUUUCUUUUUUUAUUGUUAAUUUUUCAUAAUUAUUCACAGGGAUGCCGGAACUGAGGGGCAGCUGCCCCCUUGCCCUUUACCAGGAGGGGCAAGGGGGGCAAAGGUGCCCUUUCAAUUUAAAGGAUUGCUUUGGCGAAAUAGCGAAUUGUCAGAAAUGUUAGUGCAAUUUAGCAUCCUCCGCAGGCAACUCUAACAAAAUUGGCCCCCUUUAUCCCUAGUGAUCCCUAACAAUCCCUAACUUUAAAUUUGCUGUUAUUCAUAAUAUUUCUGCCAAAGAGUUGCCUGUGGAGGAGGCUAAGUGCAAUUAUUUUAUGAAUUUUCUUCAGAAAACGCAAGAAAUGCAGGCACAAUCGCCUGGCGGAGAACCCCUCACACCCCUAUCAUCCAAUCAAUAGAAAACAUGAUUAGGCGAAGACGAAGUUCAACUCCCGAUGUUUCGCAAACAUCUCUUAGUAUAUAUCACAGGCGGCCCAAUCUCUGAACGUCUUAUAUAUUUUGAAUAUUUAACCG